AUGGUCGAGGGCGACCACUACUCGGGCCAGCCACGAAGGAGGGCGCCGAGCGAGGCCGAGCCGGAGCUCGUCCGCGACACCGUCACCACUGCCGCCGCCGGCGCGUGCCUGGGCGCGGUCGUCGGAGCUGCCGAGUCGGCGUGGAAGCUGAACCGCGGGCCGGCGCCGCUGACCGACGCCGCCCGGCUGAUGGGCUCGCACGCUGCCCUGCUUGGCACAAUCGGUGCCGUCUUUGCCGCGACCGAGGCGGGAGCACACAUGGUCAACGGCCCGUCCGACGCCAACGUGGUCGCCGCCGGCUGCGUCGCCGGCACGCUGCCCGGCUUGCGCGCGAGCAACCUCGGGGCGGCCUUUGCUGGCUGCCUCCUCUUUGGAGGAGCCCAAGCGCUGGGUGUCUUCAAGUCUUAUGAGACGGCCGAGCACUGACGCUCCACAUCGCCCGCGCCGAUGCGCUCAGCCCGAUGCGGUGCUGCGAUGCUGCGUUUCUCGCGCCGACACCGGGCCUUGCGGGGCUCCCUCGCGCCGCCGCUGCAGACCACCAUGUGUUUGUCGUUUGUUUAGCCCACACAGGUCACAGCGUACCCCGUACCGCCGGGCUCUUUUUCUCCCCUUCUUGUAUAUGCACAUCGAACGCUAUGCGGCGCGAAGAUCGGCGCGGCGGUGCGGAGCGCGUGGAGGUGUAGGUCUCUGCUCGCGCGUCACCUCGAGUCCCUUCCCACUGCUUGAUCCAACCCUUGGCCCUCUGAUGUCCAGUGCAGCGCAUGUACUCUUGGUGUGUGUGCUGUGGGCCCUCCUUGUCUCUGCAAUAGACCGUGUGAGGUAACACCU